CUCAAGAAGUUCGUAGCCUUUGUCAGGCCCGGGAUGGGAGGUGAGUUAGUUGGUCGAAUACCGCUCUUCUCCGCUCGGCCAGGGUGGUGGCCCCCUUGGACAUCAACGUGCCGGGUCGGAGCUGCAUUGCGUUUGUGAAAGAGGCCUCAAGGGCAGACCGUGAGCCCCAUCCCCUGCCGCUCCAGACCCCCCGGGAACGCGGGUGCUAGCGCGGUGCUCGCGGGGGCGCGACGGGCCUGGCGUGGGGCAGUCGCGGGGCUCCGGGAAGAGCCUGGAGCGCCAUGGAAUCGGUUUGCGAGCCCUGAACCUCAGCCGCCAGUCCCCCCGGAGACAGCUGCAAGCGACAGGGACAGGCAUCCGAGCACCCAGGCUCAGAGAUGCUGUCCCCGGUUUUCCAGGUUCCAGCCUCGUAGGACCGAGCUAGGCUUGCGAGUGAGGAAGAAAGCCGACGUGAUCUGAUCGCAACCUUUCAGCAGAGCUUCCAGAGGGCAGGCAGGAAGGAGGACCACGAGGCCUCGGGGGCUUCUCACUCUUAAUGUCCAGCCAGGUCUGAACUGGGGAGAAGAGCAGAAGCUUCAGAACCAGGAGGAGGUGGUGAUCAUGGAGACAAAUUUGGCCGAAAUGCCCGAGAAGAGAGAUCAGAAAGUGCCGUCUUCCAGAAUGUGUAAUGGUUAUAGCAUCUGAAUGAAUUUAAGCACCACAUCGCAGCAUUCCUGGACAUUGUCCAUGAUCCUGGGAUCCUGGGUUCUUUGCGGAUCAGCCUCAAUCACAAUGUUUGUAGGGAACACAAUUUGCAUGAUGGAGGGAAUUUUAGACUUGCAAAUCCGAGACUUCGCCAUCAUUACUGCUUUCUUGCCUUAGCUCUGUCUUCCCAGGAUUCUCCCUUUUCCCAAGGGAAGAACACAGAAGGGGAAGAAGUGGCAGCUUUGCGCCUCACAGCCAGAUCCCAGGCAUCAGUGACAUUCAAGGAUGUGGCCAUGGACUUUACCCCAGAGGAGUGGGGGAAAUUGGAUCCUGCACAAAGGGACGUGAUGCUGGAGAACUAUAGGAACCUGGUCUCGCUUUGGCUUCCAGUUUCUAAACCUGAGAACUACAAUUUGGAGAAUGGAAAAGAACCAUUGAUGUUGGAGAGAAAAACCCGCAAAAGCAGCUACUCAGACCUGGAAACUAGACCUGGGAGCAAAAACUCAACUUCAGUGCAAGAUUUUUCUAAAGAAGAGUCGUGCCAGGUUGCACUAAUAGACAGGCUGACAAGGAAUAAUGUGUAUGACUCCAAUUUGGAAACAACUCUUGAAUGUGAAAAUUGGUUAGAGGAUCAGCAAGGAAAUCAAGACAGACACUUGAGAGAAAUGUUCACCCACAUGAAUUCAAUCCCUGAAGAAAGAGCUCGUGAGCAUGAUGUAUGUUGGAAAAACUUAAGUCAGAAGUCUGUCCUCACUCAAGACAGAGUUCCCAAAGGAUCCUACGACUUUCAUGCACUUGAGAAAAGAUUGAAACAGAAAUCAAAUUUAGUGAAAAAGCAGAGAACCUAUACAGAGAAAAAGCCUCAUAAAUGUAAUGACUGUGGUGAACUCUUCACUUACCAUUCAGUGCUUAUUCGACACCAGAGGGUCCAUACUGGAGAGAAACCCUAUAGCUGCCAUGAAUGCGGGAAAUCUUUUAGCCACAGAGCUAAUUUAACUAAACAUCAGAGAACUCAUACUAGAAUUCUCUUUGAAUGCAGUGAAUGCAAGAAAGCCUUCACAGAAAGCUCAUCCCUUGCAAUACAUCAGAGAAUUCACAUUGGAGAGAGACCUUAUGAAUGCAAUGAAUGUGGGAAAGGUUUUAAUCGAAGCACACAUCUUGUGCAGCAUCAGUUGAUUCAUACUGGAGUGAAGCCUUAUGAAUGUAAUGAAUGUGAUAAAGCUUUCUUUCACUCAUCAUCUCUCAUUAAACAUCAAAGAACUCAUACUGGAGAGAAACCCUAUAAAUGUCAGGAAUGUGGGAAAGCCUUUAGCCAUUGCUCAUCCCUUACUAAACAUCAGAGAGUUCAUACUGGAGAAAAGCCAUAUGAAUGUAGUGAAUGUGGAAAAACCUUUAGUCAGAGCACACAUCUUGUUCAGCAUCAGAGAAUUCAUACCGGAGAGAAACCCUAUGAGUGUAACGAGUGUGGGAAAACCUUCAGCCGCAGCUCAAAUUUUGCUAAACAUCAAAGAAUUCAUAUUGGGAAGAAACCAUACAAAUGUAAUGAAUGUGGAAAAGCCUUCAUUCAUUCAUCAGCUCUUAUUCAACACCAGAGAACUCAUACAGGAGAGAAACCCUAUAGAUGUGAUGAAUGUGGGAAAAGCUUUAAGAGUAAUUCAUCUCUCACCAGACAUCAAAGAAUUCACACUGAAGAGCAACCUUGAAAAAUUAAUGUUAAGAGAUGUAAGUUGGUUUUAUCAUUGCGUUAAUUGCCUGAGUGUAUAAGUGGAAUCCCCAUGAAAUGUUGCUUGAGGACCAAUUCUGUAUGCAUCUAAUUGUACUUGCAUAAUGUAUAGUUUUGAGCCACAGACAGAAUGUUCCUUAUAUCCAUUGAUUUGAUAAAUAUGAAAGCUCCUAACCAGACAUCUAAAAUUUUGAUCCCCAACACCCAGCAUGGAAAUUCAAGAAAUCCUUGAGAGUGGGUAGCAAUAUAAGCAUUGUGAAAUUCAGUUCUUCUCUUUGUUACAUCAAAACCAUGAUAAAGCAUUUCACUUUGUAAGGAAUUUCUUAAUAGGUUAGGCAGAAGGCACAUAUCCUAACCAUUGGGAAGACACAGUUAAUCCUCUUUGAAUCCAAAGUAGAGAUCCAGAUACAUAAAUAGUGUCUUUUCUCCAGAGAAUGUAAUUUCUUUUAUAUUAGCUAUAAAAACUUAAAGGUUAAGAGUUGAGAUAUGCUGUGGAUUCCCUUCCCCUUCUGCCCGCCACCCCCCCACCACCACCACCAAAGGCUACUGUCUAAUUAAAUUAACAUAACUGUUCACAGCAUUUUCUAAGUUAUGAUCACUUGGAUCAUGCUGUUCAUAGGUUUUGAUCAUUGCUAUCCCUCUGCUGUAUAGUGCUUCAUCUUCUACUUCCUUGGAAGUUACCCUGAAGUAGAGAAUGGGUCAAAAGCUUAGCUGCAGUUUUUUAUCAAAUUCCUCUUUUCUUAUCCUUGCCGUUGAAUGGAUCCUUGAUUUUCUAUAACCACAAUACCAGGGAGAUUUCCUUUUUUCACAUUAUUCUGCUUUCUGUAAACUAUGCUUUGUCACUUUUAGAGAAAGCCCCUGAGAUGUUGAGGGUCUGAAAAGUUGAUGGGUUCCAUGUGUUAUAUUUAGGAUCCCUGGCAAGAAGAACUGAAGAAACUCUGAGACAUGGGACAUAUCUUCCAGUCAGAUAUGGAAAGUAGCUAAUGGGACAGUGACUCACUUGAGGAAGAGCAGCUUCCUUCCAUGAAGAAGUUUCCAUUUCUGUGGCUUUCAUGUUCACAUGCAUUUUUUGUCAUUUUUAUUCUCCCUAUAUGCCACUUUGUCUUUGCUGUAUCCAGAACCCUCGAGUAAGUAAAAAUACACAAAACCACAAUGACACAUUGACAUAAGUUACAUGUGUGACAAAGACCAGUAGUGGGAUUGGUAACACAAAAGCAAAAGUUCAGAAAAAUACUUAGGAAACCACUAUUCAGAUGUCAGUUUUUAUUGGGUGAAAAGAAGUGUAUAGAUAAAAUAGAGGAGAAAACUUAGUUACAGAUUUCUUUCUCUUCUAAAUUGUAUCCUUUAUUAACAUUCACCAGCCAGUUCAUGCUCUUGCCCCCUCCACAUUAGUCCUAUGAACAUUGAUACUAUUACUGAGGAAAAAUCGAGGUUAAAGAAGUGGUGGUAGAAGAGAGCAAGAUCAUUCAGGAUAAAUCAAAUGUAAAUCUGGUAAUGAUGGAAAUCAAAGACAACAGUAGGAAAUGUUUGGACCGAAAGGACUGGGAAGAAGUUUUGGAAACAAAAUACAUUGAAGGGGUCAAGGUGGGCGGAAACCCUCAAGGUCUGAGAGAUCAGUGUGGGAGAAUGGCUGACCCAGGAAGAAAAAGGAAAAGGAGCCCCACCUUUCACCUUAAUAUUCAAUACACAUAGUCUAAAGCAGGAAUUGACAAAGCAGCCUGGACCCACAUACCAAGUCCUGCCUACUGCCUUUUUCUGUAGAUAAUGUUUAAUGGGACCUUGGCCACAUUCAUUUACAUGUUGUAUUUGUCUGUUUUGUGCUACAACAGCAGAGUUGACUAGUUCCAGCAGAGAGUGUCCCAAAAAGCCUAAAAUACUUGCUAUUUCUCAAUAAGGCAAAUGAGAGAAAAUAUAUUUACCAUUUGGGGGCCAAAUAUUGCCUAACAGUAAGAUCAACAUGGGCUUUUCAAAGCUGGGUUUGAAUUGUGCCACCACCACUUAGCAAUCAUGUGACCUUGAAAAACUACUCUAAGCAUCAGUUUCUUUAUCUUUAAAAUGAGAAUAAAUUAUCCCUCUUUAAUAAGGUUAUUGUGAGGUUUAAAUAAGUGUGUGGAAAGGACCUGACACUAUGUAGAAAGCCUCUCUAGAUAGGGAGAUAGAUAUACCAUCGCAUUGGAGAUUAGGUUUCUACAUGAAUUUGGGAGGAUGUAAACUCUUGGUUUUUUUUCCCUAUUUUAAUGAAGUGGUGUCUUAGUAUGGGCUGCUAUAACAAAAUUCCAUAGACUGAGCUGCUUAUAAACAGCAUUCUCAUAGUGCAAGUUCAAGGCCCCAGAAAAUUCAGUGUCUGGUGAGGGCCUGCUCCCUGGCUCAUAGAUUACUGUCUUAGCUAUGUUUUCUCAUGAUGAAAGGGCAAGGAGCUCCCUGGGACCUCUGUAAGGGCCCUGACCCCACUCAUAGCUCUGCCUGCAGGCCCCUACCCCCCUACUACCGUCACAUUGGGGAUUAGGUUUCAACACGAAUUUUGGGGGACACAAAUUCAGUCUAUAGCAAGUGUCUAAGCAUCAAUCAGAGAUUACUUAAGAAUGAGUGUAUCUUGCACACCUUUUGUUUACUGAUUAAGAACUGUGACCUACCCAUCUAAUCCCUCACUUCUUCCUGCUCUUGCUUCCAACUGGUGCUGCUCUCUACACAGUGUUUUGAGACCUUAAGGAAUCUGCUUCUUUUCUUCCUGAGUGCUGUUUAACCAGGAGCUCUCUGAUAGUUCCAGAGACUCAAGUUUGUAAUCUAAUUGCAGUUUAAAUAGUGUCAAGAGAUUUGCUCUAAGUUUUACCGAGGACCCUGGCCCUUUGCAUAUCAGUAUUUAUUCUUUCUAUGCUUGGUGUUCAUUCUUUGUGUUUGUACUUUUAUAUAAAUCUUGGAAGUUUUAAUGUUCUGCUUAUUCAAAUGUUUUUGAUAUAAACUAAAUUUGACUGCUCUUACUGGCUUGCUGUCAAUAAAGAUGUUGUUUAUAUA